AUGUCUGCCGAGGCAGAGCCUUCGUCCUCCGGGUACGUGCCUGGUGACGUGGACGACUACAUUUCGGGAGGAGGACCCAAAGAAAAGCAGAACGCAGUGAUGACUUUGAUUGCACACUAUGCUUUGAACCUAUCACAACUCCUUAUGGGCAUUCUUUUUGGCGUUCACGCCUAUUUCAGUCGGUCAAUGGAUCGAGGUGAGUGUUUUGUUGUUACUGAUUCUAUUUUCUGCAAAAGAACCAUGUUGACAAACACUAUGCUUGAACCAAAAGGGUCUAGAGAGAGAGAGAGAGAGAGAGAGAGAACAGACGUGAGUUCAUGA